UUUUGCGCAGCUCGGUCAUGGAUUGAGCAAAUCUGACCUUGCAACUAGAACUUAUCUCCUCGGCAGUAUAUUCUGCAUUCUCAAGGAGCAACGCAUGAUUGCUGCCUCUCACCAGUCAACGCAAACACUUCUCGCAGACUUACAAAUCCGGCUGGAAGCCACAUUUUCGCUUAGUCCGGAGCAACGAACAAACAUACGGAUUGUGGGAUGUGAUCUCAUUUUUGAUCCUAAUAGAAUAACUUUCAUGUCACUGCACUUUGAUGUGGCGGAUCAUCUACGUGAAGAUCGCGAGGCCUUUAAACUCACAAAUAUCUAUGGAAACCCAGCUAGGGAACGUUUCCUGACCAUCUAUAUCAAACGUCAGUGUUCUAGUAUCCGUAAUUCGUUUCGCGAGUUGCUACGUGACAGUGUCAUCGGCGAUAACACAAGCACACUAUCAGACUUUAUUUAUGAUAGUUCGAAUCGUUUCCGUCGGGCAGGUGGAAAUUCAGACCUUGGACAUGCAACCCGUGCCCGUUUGGCCAUUUUACGCCGUUUUGCAUACGAAAACCCUUAUUUGCUUGACCGGGCAGAGGAAGAAGAUGAAAGUCCCACAACACCGAGUGCAGAGGACAAUGGCGAAGACUCACCCAUCGGAGAACCAGCCAAGAAGAAGCGCAAGCGUGGUCAAGGCGGGCGCAUUGUCAAAGGCGAGGACUUCUGGUCCAAAGUCGAAAUGUGGUUUGAGGCACGACAGAAGCAGUGGGGAGACUCGUGGGGGACAACAGGCUGGUCUUCAUACAUCAACCAAACCAUCGAGCUCGAUACCCACCGCUACCAGAGGCCAGUCGUCCAAAAUCCGUUCAUGAUUGAUGUCAUUGUUCCAGAGGCUUACAGGGCACACGGAUCUUCUGCUGCUUCCCUGAAGCAGAAGGCCCUAGGAAGUAUGGAGGACAUUUUGAGGCUCGUUUGAGGGAGCCAACACCUGUACAUAGGCCCAGCACGUUCAUUAGAAUUCUGACUCGAAAUUUCAACACCCUAUAGCUAGUUUCUUUAAUAUAAAUCCCCCAUAAUUCCAAAGCUAGCUUAGUCGACGAGGAACGAUAUUCACCUGAG